AUUCCAAACGACAUCGUCUUGUUCUUGACAACGAUUAACAAUCACACCACCGCACCUGCCUCGUUAAUUCUUCGUUUGGGCGUAGCAUCGUCAUUCAUUGCAUCGGCGCCAUCCGCUCACUCUCUCCAAAAGUUUUCAACUCUCUCCGUGAAUUCUCAGCUAGGUCCAAAUCCGGUCCAGAGACAUCCCCAAUUCGUAGAUCUACAAUUUUAUCCCCUUUAUUCGUUAACGAAUUCGUUUCACCAAGUCUUAGACACAUAAGCCCUAAUUCGAACCCAUACCACGUCUACUUUUUCAUGAUUGAUUUAGCUCUGAUUUCGAGGGAUUCUGUUAUUCAAAUCACCGAUCUCGAUGUGCUGACCUGCAUACUGUUCUCAUCCAGGAUCAAUCAGUUCAUAGACUUAGGGUUUUUAAUUUAUUAGAAAGGGGAUCAAAAGAUUGGCGCCGGUAAUUGAUGGUCCUCGUCGCGCAGUACGGAGAAGAAGGAUUAUAUUUUACGAAAAGCGACGCCGUUGAUGAUUAUGAUGGAAGAAGGCUGUUAUGUAUGGGCGGUGGGAAGGUGAGCUGUGGUUCAACCGGCGGCACAUGUGGUCGGUCCCCUCUCCCUCCACGCCGUCUCUAGUCGCUCCCAUUAAGUCCUCCGUAUUCAUUGACUCUAACUCUUUCUCCAAAGAUGGACGCAAGAUUCAUGUUGGUGGCUGUGCACUGUUCAAACCACCCCAUGAUUCCCCUCCAUUUGUUGGUGCCUCUCUUGAAGCAGCACCAAACGAGGUCUUUUACUCCUUUCACCAAGAUAAAAUACCUGCUGCAUCACUACUUCAUCCGUGUAAAGUCGCAUUCCUUCGUAAAGGUGUUGAACUUCCUUCAAGGGUAUCAUCAUUUGUGUGCAGACGAGUUUAUGAUGUUGAGACUAAGCGUUUAUGGUGGCUAACUGAUCAAGAUUAUCUUAAUUCUUUUCUGACGCAGGAACGACAAGAAGUAGUAGACCAGCUUUUAGAUAAGACAAGAGUAGAAAUGUAUGGAGGCCAUUCCCCAAAACCUUUAAAUGGUCCUGGUCCUGGUCCUGGUCCUGGUCCAAAUGGGACACCACAGGUAAAGGAUAAAGGAGGGUUGGUGGAUUUUGAAGGUGUUGAGAAAAUAAUACAGCUGAUGCAGCCUGAGAGUGGUGACAAGAAAGUUGACCUGGCUUCCAGAAUUAUGCUUGUUAAUGUCAUAUCAGCUACUGACAGUUUUGAUUGCCUUAGUCGGUUUGUUCAGCUUAGGGGUUUGCUUAUUUUAGAUGAAUGGCUUCAAGAGUUCCACAAGGGGAAGAUUAGUGAUGGUAGUCCUAAAGAGGGUGAUUUAUCUGUGGAGGAGUUUCUUUUUGCUUUGCUUCGUGCACUUGACAGGUUACCUGUGAAUAUUCAUGCUUUGCAGACUUGUAAUGUCGGUAAGUCUGUUAAUCACUUACGUAGCCAUAAAAACCCUGAGAUUUUGAAGAAAGCUAAGUGUUUAGUUGACACGUGGAAGAAAAGUGUUGAAGCUGAAAUGAAUAUGAUUGAAAGAAAACGAGUCGAGCAAAUGAAUAUCAUUGAAACAAGAUCUGGUACAAGACGUGCAGGUUCGGGUUCCUGGUCAAACAAGCAAAUGAUGCCUGAAGUGUCCCCUCAUAUGGUCAAACAAGUCAAGAUUUCUUCUUCACAACCUUCUGUAGUGAAAGCUCAGGGUAAGCAUAGUUCCGGUGAAGCUAUCGUCAAGUCGCCGGAAUCUCCUAGCCCUACAAAACUUCCGGGACCAGUGCCACCUGGCAUUGCUCCUUCAGAUGUCACAGUUAAACAGGAAAAGAGUAGCAGUUCUAGCCCUUCUGCUUCUGGUAAGGGGUCACCAUUUAGAGCCACACCUGAAAGGGCAACUGAAGAAAACAUACACAACAGCCAGAGACUUAUUGUCCGGCUGCCGAACACGGGAAGAAGCCCUGCACACACAGCCAGUGGUGGAUCUGUUGAAGAUCAUCUUGAUGGGAGUGGGAGGCCAAAGGGAAAAGGGGACACACCACCAGACAACAAUGUGGUAGCUAUGGAUAUGGAUUUAUGUAAAGGGAAAGAAGGAUUGGUUGGCUGUGAUGCUGACGAUGGUGAUGCCGAGGCAUCCAAAGGUGCUGACUCAACAUCAGGUGGGAGUGGGACACUAAAAUCAGGGAAGUCACAUGAAGCGUCUUACAGCUCUAUAAAUGCAUUGGUUGAAAGCUGUGCGAAGUUUUCUGAAGUUAACACGUCUUUGCCAGCUGGCAAUGAUGUUGGAAUGAAUCUUCUUGCCAGUGUGGCUGCUGGUGAGAUGUCUAGGUCUGACGUGGCAACAUCAUCAUGUUCCCCUGAAAACAAACAACCUUUACCUGAAGACACUUGCUCUGAAGAUAAUGGCAAUCCCAGACAAUCAAUUGAAGAUGGUUCCCAAGUUGAAGAUAAUGUUAAAGUCAGCAAUGGUCAUGAGCAUGCCAGGUUGGCGGAAAACAGUAAUGCUGUACCUAUGGCACCUGAGGUAGGGCCUGCUCCAUCAGCAGCAGAUGCAACAGGUAUAAGUGGAAAGGUCGAGACACAUGUCAAUAAUGAACCUUCUUCCAGGUCAUCAUCAGAUAAGCAUGAGAAUGAAAAGAAAUCAUCGCAGAAAGAGCAUGAUGACGUGGAUUCUGAAUUGCUGAAACCAUCUUGUGGCCAUGUUAGUUUAGAGCAGUUUGAGGAGAAAGAAAAUACGGAUCCUGAUUCUUCUGUCCUGCUGCAGAGCAGUGAAAAUGUAGAUAAAAAGGAGGCCCAAGAGGGAGAUGGGUCGGGCCCAUCUGUCUCCACAUCAGCGCCUCCUGUGUCAGAAAAGACAGUGAAGCUGGAUUUUGACUUGAAUGAAGUUGUUCCUAGUGAUGAUAUGGAAAGGCAUAGCUCAUUACAUUCUGCAAGUUCUGUUGUGGGGGGAAACCGGGCUGCUUCGGUUACUGUAGCAGCAGCUGCUAAAGGACCUUUUUUAUCAUCUGAGAAUCUGUUAAAAGGCAAGGCUGAGCUUGGGUGGAAGGGAUCUGCUGCCACCAGUGCAUUUCGUCCAGCUGAGCCUCGAAAGGCCCGUGAGUUUUUGGACUUUGACCUCAAUGUUGGUGUUGCUGAUGAUGUCAUUGUCAACAACCAAAACCAAAACAAUCCACCAUCGUCAAAAUACAUGGAUUCCAGGAACAAAGGAGGGCUCGAUCUCGAUUUAAAUGCAUGUGAAGAAACUCCCGAUGUGGGCCCGUUAAUGGUUAGCUUUAGCAGACCACAAAUCCCUCCAAGGUCUCUUCUUUCUUCCGGGUUUGAUCUCAACAACGGGCCUGGAAUUGAAGAAAUUGGCAGUGAAUCAAUACCACAUUCCAGAAACGGUAUUCAGUUUUUGCCUAAUGUUCCUAGUGUCAAAAUGGGGAACAUAGACGUGGGAAACUUCCAUUCCUGGUUUCCACCAAGUAGUACAUACCCAGCAAUUCCGAUUCCAGCACAGAGUUAUUCCAUGCCAGUGCCACAAAGAAUGUUAACUCCUAUGGCUUCUGCUUCUGCUUCUGGCACUCCGUUUAAUCCUGAAUUAUUUAGAGGGCCUGUGUUAUCAUCUUCUCCUGCAGUUGCUUUUUCAUCCGCAGCACCAUUCCAAUUCCCAGGUUUCCCAUUUGAAACUAAUUUCUCUAUGCCUUCAAAUACAGUGUCACCAGCGUUUGUGGGGUCAUCCGCUGGGCCUGGGCCUGGGCCAAUUUGUUUCCCAACAAUACCCUCGCAACUGGUGGGCCCACUUUCAUCUUCAAAUUACAGGCCUUAUGUUAUGGGUCUACCUGGCGGAUCGAGUAACGAUAACAAAAAAUGGGGAACCCAUGGUCUGGAUUUGAACUCGGGUCCCGGAGGUCCGGAUGAGACAUUGCCUUCAGGAUUGAGACAGCUUCCUCUUGGUGAUGAACAGUUGAAGAUGUUUCAGCAGAUGGCGGCCAGUGGCGGCGGCGGUGGUGGAGUAUUUAAGAGGAAAGAGCCUGUUGAUGGCUGGGAUGGCGAUAGUAGGAUUAACAGCUAUAAACAUCCAUCAUGGCAGUAG